AUGGCGGGCGUGGGCGCCGGGACGGGGGCGCUGGGCUCCGUCAUCGUCAAGCUCGCCACCUUGCUCGGCGACGAGUACACCAUGCUGAAGAGGGUGCGCAAGGACAUCGAGUUCCUCCAGCGCGAGCUCCGCCAGAUGCAGACUCUGGUGAACGUACUCGCGGACAUGGAGGGGCUCGACGAGCUUGCGAAGGGCUGGAAGAGCAGCAUGCGCGACCUCAGCUACGACAUGGAAGAGUGCAUCGACCGCUUCAUGCUCCGCCUCGACAACGGCGACGCCAAGCCUGGCUUCGCCAAGAGGACCGCACGCCAGCUCAAGACGUUGUUCACGCGGCAUGGCGUCGGGACCCAGAUCAAGGAGCUCAAGGCCCGCGUCACGGAGGAGGGCGAACGGCGGCAGCGGCUGAAUCUCGACAACUACGUCCCAACGACGACCGUUGCGAUAGAUCCCCGGCUAGCUGCAUUCCACGGGGUGGCCAAGGGCUUGGUGGCCAUGGACGGGCGCACGGUUGAGGUUAUAUCUUUGUUGGCGGAGAAGAGCAUGGGGCUGAAGGUGGUGGCCAUUGUUGGAGCCGGAGGGCUCGGAAAGACCACCCUUGCCAUGGAGGCCUUCCGCAAGAUUGGAGAGCGAUUCCAAUGCCGAGCUUCGGUGUCGGUGUCGCGCACCCUUGAUCCCGAGAAGCUCUUGGAAGAUAUCCUGUCUCAAAUCGACAAAGUUGUAUCUAGUAAAUACCAGUCGGAGAGGUGGAAGAAAGACCAGCUAAUCCGUGAGAUCCAACAAAUCUUGACAGGAAAGAGGUACUUAUUUGUUAUUGACGAUGUAUGGAAACAACAACAAUGGGAAUUUGUCAAAGCAGUUUUUCCUGACAACAAUAAUGGUAGCAGAGUAAUAGUUACGACACGGAUUACUAAGGUAGCCAAGUCAUGUUGUUUGAACUCUGCUGAUCAACUCUAUCCAAUGCCACAUCUGAAAGUUGUUGAUUCCAGAAGAUUGUUCUUUAAGAGAAUUUUCCACUCGGAGAACACCUGCCCUACUCAUCUAGAAGAUGUUUCAGCUAGGAUCUUAAAAAAAUGUGGUGGUGUGCCAUUGGCUAUAAUUACCAUUGCGAGUUUGCUAGCCAAUAAACCUCAAAACCAAAAUGAAUGGGACAGACUCCAAGAGUCCAUUGGUACUGGUCUUUCAUAUGAGAGUGAUGAUGAUGGAAAAGGUAUGAGACAUAUAUUGUUACUUAGUUAUUGGGAUCUUCCACACCACUUGAAGACUUGUUUGUUGUACUUGUGUAUAUAUCCAGAGGACUGGUAUAUCCCGUGUGAAGAACUGAAAUUGAAAUGGAUAUCUGAAGGAUUCAUUGAUACAAGACGGGGAAAUUUAUAUCAAGAAGCAGAGAGCAAUUUUAAUGAACUUGUCAAUAGAAGCCUGAUCCGGCUAGUUUAUGCUGAUCUUGAAGGUGAUGGUUUUGAGCAAUAUUGUCAGGUUCAUGAUAUAGUGCUUGACCUCAUAAUAUCUCUGUCAGAAGAAGAGAAUUUUGCCACUAUUUUAAACGGUGUUUGCAAUUCUUUGCCAAGCAAGAUCCAUCGAUUCUCCCUGCAAUCUGGUGGGCAUGAAGAGAAAGGGGCAUUCCAAGCAAUCACAAGAAGCAGGUUACAUGUUCGCUCAAUAAAUGUGUUCGGAGAAAGAAAGCAGAUUCCCCCACUUGUGGACUUUCAGUCUUUGCGUGUGCUUGAUAUAUGUGGCGACAAUAAGUCGUGGGAAAACAAACAUAUAAGAAACAUUGGAAGUUUCUGUCAACUGAGGUAUUUGAGAAUUAAGUCGUUAGGAAUCACAAAGCUUCCCGAAGAUAUCGGAAAGCUACAGAACUUAGAGACUCUUGAUAUGCGUGGCUCUUUUAUAACAGAGCUGCCAUCAACUACAGUCCGACUACAGAAUUUGGUGCGCCUAUUUGUUUCCUGUCUCUGUGUGUUGUCUGCAGAUAUGUUUGGGAGCAUGAGAGCCCUGGAGGAAGUGGCAGAUAUUAAUCAAAUUGACAACCCUGAGAAAUUUUUGGAAGAGCUUGGACAUCUAAAUUUUUUGAGAAAGAUUACGAUGACUGGACCAUGGACUGAACUCGAAGGAGAAAGAUUGGCAUCAUCUCUGAAUGGGUUGGAUGACAGCCUUCAAUAUCUUUAUGCUCGUGGAGAAAUAGGAGAAUAUUUGUUCAGGGAUCCAUGCUGCACUUUUCCGCACCUCCAAAAUCUUAAACUAGUGACCCCCAUGAUGAGGGUUCCCAUCGGAAUGGCCUUCCUAACCAACACCCUCAAAUUAGACAUAAAAGUCAAACAAUUUGAUGAUGAAGAUCUCGGUAUUCUUAUGGAUAUGCCUUCUCUGGCUAAUCUCCAGCUAAUAGUUUCAAGAUCAGGUGGCGUCCUGACUGUAAGUAGUAACGGAUUCAAGCUGCUAGAGGUGUUCCACUACACAAAUAAGGCAUACGAAACAACGGGUAUAAAUUUUGCAGCAGGUGCGAUGCCAGCACUCCGAUGGCUCUAUCUAUAUUGGAGCCACUGCGGUUUUGCGUUAAGGAAUAUUGAGAACACUGGCAUGGGCUUCGAGCAUCUUUUAAACCUUGCUGACCUCCAUGUCGAAAUUUCUGUUUAUCGUUCAAAUGGGGACGAGAUGGAGACUGUGGAAGGUUUCGUGGAAAAAGCAAUCGCUUUGCACCCCAACAGUCACAAUCUUCAGCUCCGCCUCAGUAGAGCUGUGAGGUGA